AUGCUCCCACAAGUGAAGGUUGGCAAGAAGGUGCAGUCUCCGUUCCAUGACGGCUUCGAUAUUCAAUGGGUUCACGACUCGUGUGCCGUCGGCUACGGCCUGGAGAGUCUCGAUGAGCUCACUCAUUGGCAGCGCCUUAAGUGGAGCGACAUACUUAGACUAGCCAAGUUGUUGGAUUUGGAUGCCCCCGACGCCAAGAACCCUGACAUCCUCCGAGCAGCCACCCACAUCACUUACAGGGCGGAGGCGACUUUGCAUCUGCAGUCCGCGGGCAACGCCAAGAUCCUUAGACAGGUACUCACCGACAACGGUAUAUUCUUCCAAGACAAAUGGCCAGCUCCAAAAUUGGCUUAUAUAGUGGCCGAUCAGAUUCUCUUCGGAUUGCUCCCACCUUGCCCAACGUGUGGUAACCGGUCUCUGUCUCAGGAGGGUGAGGAUAUCAGGUGCCAAGGGUACUUCUCUGCGUCCACUAGAUGCGACUUCAAGUUCCGUUACCGGGAAAUGUUGCCGCGGGUUCGGAAGACCUCAGCGUGCCCGAAGUUCUCGGCUCCCACGGGUGACGUGAUCACAAUGGAAAAGCUCAAACGCUACCGCCGGCUCCGAAUACCAGCUGAGCUGCAGCGCCAUAAGGCGUUUGCUAGCCUUGAUAUCCCUCCUGAGUGCCGGAAGAUCCUUUCCAAGCUCACUGGGGUCGAGCCGUCAUUCCAGAAGGCCGCCGUGGUCAGCGAUGUGCUUGACUCUGGCUCCGAGGACGAGGAGGGCGGUCCAGUUGCAAGGAACAUGUACUUCGUGUUAGAAGGUGUCGAUGCAGACGAGGCCAGUCGACUGCGCACGUUGAUAAAGGACCAUGGUGGGCACGUGCUGGAGACCUUCGACCCAGCCCGGACUACUCAUGUGGUCAUCAGCGAGGAGGAGCUCUACGCAGACCCCCACGGGCUUGCUUACGAUGGUGCGCUCCAACACGGCAUCCCCAUCGUCAUGGUGGAGUUCAUCGACGCUCUCUGUGACGAAACAACAGAGUGUGGUGAAAUUGAUACGCCUGGGCCACGGGUGACUCGGGGACUGCGGGUGACGGGUCGCAGGACCGAGUCUAAGAACAGCAAGGUGAAUGGCGAUUAUAAAAUGCUGGAGAAACUCCAUAAUGAUCGUCCAGCCUUCAAGCACGUGGUCAAGUCAGUUUACUGCUUUUACUCGGCGAAAAGCUCCAAGUGGAAAUUCCAUGAGAAGCUCGAUGACAAUUCUGGUCAUCUGGGCUACUGCAAAGGCGACUCUGAAGACCCCCCUACGUCGGGCUGGUGGAUCUUCGGUGGAAAAGAUGUGAAAUUUGAGCGCGACUCCGAGCUCAAAGUUGAGAGUUGUGAAAUCGUCGAGGCGCCUACCAAGCGUGAGUCGCUCGAAGCCGCCCGACCGAAAAUGCGGGGAGCCAAACUGAGGCAACGGAAGCACUUGAAGUUGUGGAAGGUCGAUGGAGGAUUAGGCAAGAAGUUGGUUGGCACCGAAGAGAAACCUCCGGAGAAGAAACGUCUAAGUAGGCGGUGCUCUGAUGGUUGCCUGCUUUGGUGA